AAAAACAACAUUCGCGAGGGUUCUUUUGUAGUGUUUUGGUUUUUACGUUAUAUUUCCACAGAAAUAAUGGAAAUUGGACAUGUGAUUAAAUACAAAGUGAAUUAAAUUAAGUGAUAAAUAUGAAGUACUUAUUUGUGACAUUAUUCUUGUUUGGUUCCUACGGUGUAGGUUCUCUUGUUGAUAGUAGUGGAAAGGAGAGUACGGAGUUGUCUCGUGCUUUUGAUGAGCGGCCCCUGUUGUUUGCCACGUUAGGGGGCGGCAUGGUUGCAGUGGAGCCUCUGGCGGGCAAUAUUAUAUGGAAACUUAAAGAUGAACCAGUAGUAAAAGUACCGAAUCAGCAAGCUGACUUAAUGCCCCAAUUCCUCCCGGACCCUCGACAUGGGUUUCUGUACAUGUAUGGCCCUCGAGGGGAUCAGCAGAUGCUGAAGAAGUUACCAUUUACAAUACCGGAGUUGGUAGCGAAUGCUCCGUGUAGAUCGACUGAUGGUAUCCUGUAUACCGGCAAGAAGAGUGACACUUGGUUCAUGCUGGACCCGCUCACUGGAUUUAGGGAACAUGUUUCAGGUUUCGACAAAUCAAAGAUUUUCAAGAAUGCCGAUGACAAUACGUGUUCCCCGGAUAAAAAGAGAGGAAUCUACGUUGCGAGAACUGAGUACAAUAUACUGAUGCAUGAUUCUAAAAAUCAGAACCAUAAGUGGAAUGUCACAUUCUUCGAUUACACGUCCUUGGCUAUGGGGAAGGAGAUGCUGAAUGAUUACGGUAUAAUCCACUUUACAUCAACGUCAAAUGGUCGUGUGAUGUCCUUUGAUCGUAAGACAGGUGACCUCGUCUGGUCACACAAUUUUGAGACUCCAGUAGUUGCCGCCUAUUUGCUAGACAGAGACGGGCUUAUCUCCGUCCCUUUCAAUUCUAUUGGUGAUGAUACCCUGGAUCAUAUCAUGGAGGAUGCCACUACAUUGAGCAACGGACAAGGGAUCAAGAAUUCUAAUAUUGAAUUAUACCCCACACUGUACGUUGGUGAACACAACCAUGGCCUCUACGCGUUAUCAUCACUCGUAGACAAAAAUACGAUCACAAUAUCGACCGGCCACGCACAGCCCUUACUUCUAGAAGGCCCGACAGAAACCGAACCAAAAUCAGAAGAAACCUACCAAUAUGAACCAUUCAAAAAUGUUCACUACAAACUAAAAGAUUUGAAUUUACACGUAUCAGCCCCAUAUCUUCUACUAGGACAUUACAAAGUCCCCGAACUGACGACAAACUGGAUGCCUCAGUUACCAAAUUCGAACUUCUUAAACGUUCAUAACUCACAGAAUAGUGCUAUCAAGUUAAUCAAUGGGCAGGUGCAUUCGGAAACUGACAACGAUGUGGAGAAUGAGACGAAUUUAAAGUCGAAUCCGAAUCCGAAUUCCAUAUCUGUCUCAGUGCAAACUGAGGAAUUGUUCGAAGGUCUUGAGUUUAGACCUGAUUUAUGGUACAAAAAAGCGUACUUGUGGUUCCACCAGCAAGAGAAUCAAGUUCUCAAAGUUGCGCUAAUAAUUUUGGUUGGACUAGUAAUUACUAUGUUCUGGUAUCUUCGAUAUCAGGCACGCGAAUUCCAACAACUUUCGCAGGGUGGUUCUCGAACGUCUAACGCGUCGACAUCGUCCAACGGUGAGGUGACUGGCCAACUUGUAGAAGUUGGCGGCGGUGAAGUACGCAUCGGAAGGAUCACUUUCAAUACUGAUCAGGUGCUCGGAAAAGGAUGCGAAGGCACUUUUGUUUAUAGAGGAACAUUUGACAAGCGUGCAGUAGCAGUGAAGCGUUUAUUGCCGGAAUGCUUUACGUUUGCUGACCGCGAGGUGGCGCUGCUACGAGAAUCAGAUGCCCAUGCGCAUGUCGUACGUUACUACUGCACUGAAAGGGAUAAACAAUUCCGGUACAUAGCACUAGAACUGUGUUCAGCUACACUACAGGACUAUGUGGAGAAGAAACUAAACUUCGAAUGCACUAUCGAUGCAGUGGAAGUGCUGAGACAAGCAACCUUAGGACUAUCACAUCUACAUUCUAUGGAUAUUGUCCACAGAGAUAUAAAGCCGCACAACGUCCUCCUAUCAAUGCCGACGGGUAGCGGCGAGGUGAGGGCCAUGAUCUCAGACUUCGGCCUGUCUAAGAAACUCAACCUAGGACGAAUGAGCUUCUCCAGGAGAUCGGGAAUUACAGGAACUGAUGGCUGGAUCGCACCUGAAAUGAUUAAUGGAGAGAGAACGACAACAUCAGUGGACAUAUUCUCAUUAGGCUGCGUGUUCUACUACGUGCUGUCGAAGGGCCAGCAUCCGUUCGGAGAUAUGCUCCGGAGACAGGCCAACAUACUCACUGGAGAUUACAGCCUGGACCAACUUGAAAAAGUGUUGCCCGAAGAAGAGGUCCUAGUAACUAAGAUAUUGAUCCGCGCAAUGAUCUCAGCUCGUCCCGGCUCCCGUCCCCCCUGUGAGACUGUGCUCAAGUACCCCAUGUUCUGGGGAAAACAGAGCAUACUGAACUUCUUGCAGGAUGUAAGUGACCAAGUGGAGAGUGGUGACAGUGGUUCGGAAGCUGCGUUGGAGCGCGGCGCCAGGCGCGUGGUGCGCGGGGACUGGCGCGCGCGCGUCUGUGUCGCCGUGGCCAGCGACCUCCGCGCGCGCAGGACUUACCGCGGGGACCGGGCCGCGCAUCUACUGAGGGCUAUACGGAAUAAGAAACACCACUACAGAGAAUUAGAAACAGAAGUACGAGAAAGUCUAGGCAAGUUGCCUGAUGGCUUCGUAACGUACUGGUUAAGGAGGUUCCCGCUCCUACUACCUCACGUCUGGCUACAAAUGCAACCAUACAGACACGAGGACAUUUUACAAGGGUACUACCCUCACAGUUUCACCUUCAACAGGGAUGACGUCACAGAAUUAGACGAAGAAGGAGAAAUAGAGGAAGAAAUACCAGUCGACAUGUGUGAUCCGGUCAAAAACGGACUUUUUGUUAAGAGUAGAGUGUACUAUGACGAGAACCAAGGUGUAGAGUAUAGGUACAAGAAGGAAGGUUCGCCAAGGAAGCGCAAUGAUUGGAGGAGCGACGCCCAAGAACGGGCGAGGCAAGAUGACGUCAGACUUCGGGACAGGCACCAUUAUAAGAAAAAAGAAAAGAAAAGGGACGAGAUGCCAGUUUGGACGCUGCCCCAGCAAUGAGGUAAUAGUUUUAGCGAAAGAGGUUUACUUGACCAGAAGUCACAGGGAGUAGUUUUGGUAGAUAGUUUUUGUAAUUGAGGCUCAUGUACUGUAGUUAGAAAGGGUCGAUGUACGGUUUAUCGUAGAAUUGUAACCAGGCUCCCAUUACAUACGACUCAUAAUUAAUGAGAAUUGGAGUUACCCCUUUGGGUAGUAAAUAAAUGUUAUAUUUUUGUGAUGUAUGAUAUCGUAGACGUUAUACAUAUUACACAGGUCAUGUCAUGUCAUCACGUGACAAAAAUCUGCUAAUUGCAGAAGAUAAAUGAAUUUAUACUACGUAUAGCAACUCCCUGCAGUGGAAACGCUGAAGUAUUAAUUAAAAUAAUGUUUAUUAUUAUUAUUAUUGACUAUUUAUAGACGACCUAUUGUUAUCUGCACAGAACAUAUAA